AUGCCAUUUCCCCUAGACGAAUUCGAAGUCAUUGGCCUAAACGGAACACACCAGUGCUAUACAAUGAUCCCAGUACAAUGCAACCUCAAAGAAGUUUCCUUCAAUCAUCUCUUUCCCCUCGAAGUCACUCGGGCACUCUCUUACAGUCUCACACUAGCUAUUGCAUACAUCCAGUCACGGGGUUAUCUUCAUAGAGUUUUGUCGCGGGAAGUAUAUCUCGAUGUUUAUAUUCGCAACACUCUAGUCAAGCUCCACUUUGCAAUUGAUCAGCUCUCAAUCGACGAAUUCUACGAGUUGUAUGGUGAUCCAGACACUGUACAAAUCACCAAACGAGAUCGAAGCCCACCCCCUUCCAAUAUUCCAGCGAAGGCAGUAGUUCCACUCUAUUUGGGCAAAAUUGCAGAAGAAUUUACGCUCGAUGACACUCAUGUGCUUUUGAGCGACUUUGGCGAGUCCUUUAAUCCGACCUCAGAACCUCGUCGGAGUGAAGAUUGCCAUACGCCACUAGCAGCGCGACCUCCAGAAGCCCUCUUUGCCCCGCAAGCUCCGCUCUUAUUCUCAGCAGACAUUUGGAGUCUCGCCAAAUCUAUCUGGGAGAUCCUCGGCAUGAAAGCUAUCUUCAGCAGCGAACACUAUUCGUCAGAUGAACUAGCUUCUCAGCAAAUUGAUAUUUUGGGCCCUUUGCCCCGAGACUGGUGGGAGCAAUGGCCCGAAAGAAGCGAAUUCUUUCACGCUGACGGGCGCCCAACCAAGGGUCGUUAUGUGUGGCCUCCGAUAGAGCAGGCCUUUGAAGAAGGUAUCCAAAAUCAUCGACGAGUGCGCCAGGUUGGUGAAUAUUGGAGCGAGGAAUCGAUUGCGAUUCUGGACUUGAUGCGGCGAAUGCUCACGUUCCGGCCGGAAGACCGACCUACCGCUGAGGAGGUCCUGAGGUCGGAAUGGAUGGCUAAAUGGUGUUUACUGGACUUUGAGCGGAGCUGGAAUUCAUCGUAG